AUCCCAAAUGACGUAAAAUCGGAAAAAAUUAAAUUAAAAUUAAGUAAUAAAAAUUUAAAACUCCAAAUUAAUAUUUACAUGUAGAAAUGAACGGAUAUGCAGAUAGAUUUUCAUUUCAAAGGACAGUACAAAGUUUAGCAAGGGUUUUGGCAUUAAUUAAACCAACUCCAUGGAUUAAGGUACAAUCAUUAUUUCGAUAUUGUCCACAAGAAAAUGCUGUCGGAGUAUUUUGCCUAGAUUCAAGAAGUCAAGAUGCUGUUAUAGCCUUGGGUUUAUAUUUUUUAGAAUCCGAGUGUCAACAUGAAGAUGAAAUUGUUCCAUAUCUUUUACGUCUAGCUAAAGCUUUGCCUAAAGCAGUUUGGGUCGAUGAUGGAAAACAUGUUAAAACGGAUCGAAUACCUUCAUCCGAAAAAUUUAGCUUUUGUUUAAACACAUUAUUAUCCGAUAUAGCAACGAAAUGUCCAGAUUUACGAGAAGAAAUUGUAAUGAAUCAAGUCGAAACAUUAAGCGCUCUUUCGAAUAUAAUAAAAUCAAGUAAAGAAGGUAAUAAUGCCCCUCCUCCAAUUAUACUGUGCAAAGCCACAGUACCACUUCUUUUUGGUUUGGCAAGGGCGAUGGGUCGUUAUACAACUACAGAUCCUCCACUUUUAUGCAGAAUAUUUCCACCCGAAGAAAUGCCUGUUGUUAAAAAUAAAGAAUCAACUUUAGGAAGUUCAAAUGAAAAGUUAACAUCACUGAGUCAAUUCCGACCGAUUAUACCACGUUCAAUGUCAGGAAGCUUAAGUCAAGAUUCUUCAAAUGAAUCCCGAAUAUUACGAAAUGCUUCCACUAUUAAUGAAUCGAAACGACCAUCUUUGCACACAUAUUCAUCUGUGCCAUACGAUCCUACAACACAUUUUUUUAGCAAAUUUGGCUCUAGUUUUAAUCAAUUUCCGAACAUGAGAGUAACAGAAACACCGGUUAAAAAGCAGAAAAUAAAUUGUUUCAGUAUACAACAUUUGCAAACAAUUUUUGCAAUUGCAAAGAAAUUAUUGACAAAAGAAAUUUUAGAACAUUUAGAUGAACAAGCGGCUGAUAUAUUUGCAUUACAUCAAAUCAAAAGCUAUUGUUAUAAAAGUUUUUCUGAAACUCUUAAUUUAAUAAUGGUUACUCUAAUGCGAGAAUUGCUUCAUAAUCAAUCUGAUUUACCAACUCCUUUUACAAAAGAUGUACAAGAAUUCGUUAAACGCUUAUUUUUAAUAGGGCAAACUGAAUUACAAAGUAAACAACAAGAUCAAGAAAAGGAAAAACGCGAAGAACCAACCGCAACCAUAGUAAAUAAAUUGAAAAUUAAUGUUAUGGCUAAUGCUGCUUGUGUUGAUUUAUUAGUAUGGGCUAUUCGUGAUGAAACUGAAGCCGAUAAAUUAUGCUCUAGGCUAUCGCAAAAACUUAAUACAAGUUUAAGUCAUAAAAUAGUUUUGGAUCAUAUGCCUUUAUUGAUGGUUUGUUUGGAGGGUUUAGGAAAAUUGGCACAAAAGUUUCCGAAUAUUGCUGGCACUUCAAUUUGUUACUUAAGAGAUUUUCUUGUGGACCCCAGUCCAAUUUUAGCAAAAUUAUAUGCGCAAACGAUAGCUAAACAGAAAAAGGAUAAAGAAAUUGCACCUUAUAAAAUUGUUGUGCAAGCAAGUAACGAUGCGAAGUCUGUGGAUUUACAUACAACUGUUGGAACAGUAAAAUCAGGAGUUGCAGCAUUUGAAGCACUGCGCGAUGCUGCAAUAGAAAACUUAAGUAUAGCUCUAAGUGCUGCUCAAACAUUAGAUCCUUAUUGCGUACCAGCUUUAGUAGCAAAUGUUUCAAAUAGAUUGUUUACUGCAGAAAAGAGUGAAUCUGAAUCAAGUUUGGUUAGUUUGAAUAUUAUAGUAAUGUUGGGACAUGUGGCAGUCACUUUAAAAGAUACUCCAAAAACUACACAAAAUAUUUUACAGUUUUUUAUUCAAAGAUUUUGUAAAGUUCCAUCUGAACAAAAUUGUUUGAUUGUGGAUCAACUUGGUUGUAUAAUCAUUUCAAAAUGUGAACCUCAUAUAUGCGAAGAAAUAAUGAAGAUGUUUUCAAGAGUAACUGUUCAAUCGGCAUCAUUAGCUUACAAUUCGUCAAGUCAAGAAUAUCGUAAACAAUAUCAUAGCGUUUCCGAUGCAGUAGUUAAUGCACUUGGAAACAUAGCUGGAAAUAUACAAGGAGAAACAGAAAUGUUGGAUCUCUUAGGAAAAUUGCUUGAAUUAUUUGUUCAAAUUGGUUUAGAGGGUGAACGAUCUUAUGAUAAUAACGCAUCAGGACCACAAAAGGCAAGUUCAAGUGCUGGUAAUUUAGGAAUGCUCAUUCCAGUAAUAGCGGUUCUUGUACGAAGACUUCCACCGAUAAAAAAUCCAAAAAUGCGUUUACAUAAAUUGUUUAAAGAUUUUUGGCUAUAUUGUGUCGUUAUGGGAUUUACUAAUUCACGGUUAUGGCCAGCAGAUUGGUAUCAAGGUGUACAACAAAUAGCAGCAAAAUCGCCUUUGUUAAUAUCUCAAACAGCUUAUAAAGGCGAAAUGAGAGAGCUCAAUUACACGUCAGCGAUAAAAAAUGACUCAGUUAAUUUAAACGAAUUAAGAAGCCAAAUUUUGUUAUGCUUAGAUCAUCCACCAGCAGAUGUAACUGCAUGGAUACAUAAGUUAACAUUUGCACAAUGCACAUACUUAUUGAGUGUAUAUUGGUUAGAAACCUUAAGGGUGGAAAAUGCUGAAGAACCCAGUUUGGAACCAAUAUUAAGUUACUUAUGUGACACUGCUUUACAAAAAGAUAAAUAUGGUAUGUGGCAAUGUGUCAAAUGCAUAGCUGAUCAAGUUUUUGAUAAGUUUAGGAACGUUUUACUUAACCACGAUCAAGUUCGUGAACAAGUUUUGGAAUCCCAAGCAAUGUUAUUACUUGUAUAUUUCAAUCACAUUCAUAAACAAAUACAAUUAGUUGCCGAUCAAUAUUUGGCUCAAUUGGUAGAUAAAUUUCCUCACUUACUAUGGAACAGAAGAGUUUUGUGGUGUAUGUUAGAUGUGCUUCAGUUAUUAGCUUAUUCCUUGACAAUAGAUCCAAAUGAAGAAAGCCCUACUCUUCGAGUUGGCUCAACACCUUAUACAUUGCAGUUGAUGGAUACUCUUCCAGCUCGUGAGGGACGUUUAAAAGAUUUUGCAGAUCGUUGCCAGGGUAUUGUAAAUGAGGCUAUGAAAUGGGCUCCAAAAUCUACAAAAUCACACUUACAAGAAUAUACUAAUAUUAUUCCAAUCACUGUAUUGUCACGACAUUCUGGAUUGGCGCUGGCCUUUGAUUCUGUAGUUAGUAGUAGCAAUUAUCCUUCAAACGCUUUGCCUUCAACGAAUAAACGACCAAAUUGUGUGACGUCUGACACUCCACGGUUCGUCGCUGUUCUCUGUAUGAGAAGUAAAUAUGCAGGUGAAAUUGCUGGACAAUUAUCGGUAUUAAGUGAAGAGGAAAAAUGCGGACUCGCUGAUCGUUUAGUGAAAGAUGUUUUGACAGCUUGUGCUGAUAAAAAUGAUACCAAACAUCGAGGGGCUCUUUGGAGAGCAACUGCGUAUUUAAUAUAUUCUCAAGGGAUAAAUCGAAAGUUAUUGCACGCCGUUGCUACAUCACAAGUUGAAUUAUUUACACAAUCUGCUAUGGAAACAGCUGUAGAUUGCUGGCAAUGGGUCUUAACUGCACGACAGGAUUUAGAACUUUGCUUUAUACAAGAAAUGAUAAGCGCAUGGCAAACCACGUUCGACAAGAAAUUGGGAAUAUUUUCCGAAGAAGAAGAAGUUACAAGUCCACUCGCAGCCUACGAAGGCUGUAAUUUAGUACCGAAACCUGUAAUAGUUGCACCGCAUUCAAUCUGGCUGCAACUUUUAUCCGAAAUGGUAGAUACUGCUAAAUACUGCAAUCGCGAUAAAGUUGAAUUGUUUUGCUUACUUUUGCAUAGGUGCUUGCCUAUUGCAAAAGCAUCAAAGCAAGUCAGGUCUGUGAAUGCGGUAGGGUGUCGGUUUAAGCUUUUGCAAUGUGGACUUUCUUUACUUCAGGGGAACACUAUUCCCAAAUCUCUAGCUCGGAAUAUUUUGCGCGAAAGAAUAUACAGUAAUGCAUUAGAUUAUUUUUGUGGACCUCAAACAUGUCCAAGCAAACCUAAAGAAGAACUUUUAGAUGAUAUCAUUAUUUUAUUAAAGUUCUGGCAGACCAUGCGUAGUGAAAAGAAGCAUUUAGUUGCAUCAGAGGUUGGAGAAUAUACAAACGACGUUAAUCCAACUUCUCAAAUGCUGUCAGUCAAACAAAAUCCUGAAACUGCAUCAAUAAUUAGCACAGGAGAGUUAACUAGAUCAACAUCAAGUUACGCUGGAGGUUGGUAUAACACGAUUCCUCAUUCAACAUCUACCUUAUCAAAAAGAUCAAAUCGUUCGAAGAGAUUACCUUUCCAAAAGGAUGCGUAUGAUAAAGAUUAUAUGAAGAAGCGGAAUUUGAUUUUAGAGCUUUUAGCUGUUGAGAUUGAAUUUCUUAUAACAUGGUAUAACCCAAAUGGAAGCCAGGAUCUUCUCAUAACUGGAGAAGAUCAAAUUAAUGAAUGGCGUGCAAGACCAAUAAAAGUAAAUGUAUGGAAAGAUUAUACAAGAUUGGCUUGGUCCUAUAACCCAGCUUUAGCAAUAUUUUUACCACAAAGAAUACGUAAUGCUGAGUCUAUCGAGGACGAAGUUGCUCGCUUAAUAACCGUAGACCCAAUUUCAGUGUCCCAUAUUCCAGAAGCUCUAAAAUAUUUAGUAACCACGAAAAAUCUUUUGAAUGAAUCACCUGAUCUAAUUUAUAUGUUGAAUUGGGCUCCAGUUAAUCCAAUUCAAGCUCUUUCAUAUUUUUCUCGUCAAUAUCCAAAUCAUCCCCUCACAGCUCAAUAUGCUGUAAGAACAUUAUCUUCUUAUCCUGCGGAAGCUGUUUUACCAUAUAUACCUCAAUUGGUUCAAGCACUAAGACAUGAUACAAUGGGUUAUGUUUCAGAAUUCGUAAAAAAUAUAUCUAAGCGUUCGCAGGUUGUCGCUCAUCAAUUAAUUUGGAAUAUGCAAACAAAUAUGUAUAUGGAUGAAGAUCAAUUACACAAAGAUCCCCUCUUAUACGAUGUACUGGAAGCUCUUAGUGGAAAUAUUAUUUCAGGAUUUUCUGGUGCUGCUAAACGUUUCUAUGAAAGAGAAUUUGAUUUCUUUGGCAAAAUAACUGCUGUGUCGGGAGAAAUCCGUAGUUUUCCUAAGGGACCAGCUAGAAAGAAAGCUUGUUUAGAAGUUUUAAGUAAAAUAAAAGUACAAAGUGGUUGUUAUUUGCCGUCGAAUCCAGAAGCAAUGGUAAUCGACAUAGAUUACAACAGUGGAACGCCAAUGCAAAGUGCAGCCAAAGCACCCUACUUGGCUAGAUUUAAAGUUUAUAGGUGUGGUAUUUCUGAGUUAGAAUCAAUUGCUAUGGAAGUUUCAAAUAAUCCCGAUGCUCAAGAAAGUAUUCGAAAAACUUCUAUGGGUGCUGAAUCUUGGCAGGCUGCUAUUUUCAAAGUAGGCGAUGAUGUAAGACAGGAUAUGUUAGCUUUGCAAGUGAUAACAAUAUUUCAAAAUAUCUUUCAACAUAUUGGAUUAGAUUUAUUUUUAUUUCCAUAUCGAGUUGUAGCAACAGCACCAGGCUGUGGUGUAAUAGAAUGUGUCCCUAAUGCUAAAUCUCGUGAUCAACUUGGUCGACAAACUGAUUCGGGACUUUAUGAGUAUUUUUUGCAUCAAUAUGGUGAUGAGAGCUGUAAAGAAUUUCAAGCAGCUCGUGCGAAUUUUACUAAAUCAAUGGCUGCAUACUCUGUAAUUGGUUAUCUUUUACAAAUUAAAGACAGACACAAUGGGAACAUUAUGAUUGAUAAAGAUGGGCAUAUUAUUCAUAUAGAUUUUGGCUUUAUGUUUGAAUCUUCACCUGGUGGUAAUAUUGGAUUUGAACCUGAUAUUAAAUUAACUGAUGAAAUGAUAUUGAUUAUGGGUGGUAAAAUGGAAGCACCAGCAUUUAAAUGGUUCUGUGAAUUAUGCGUACAAGCAUUUUUAGCGAUACGUCCGUAUCAAGACGCAAUUGUAUCAUUGGUAUCACUAAUGUUAGAUACAGGUUUACCGUGUUUCCGUGGUCAAACAAUUAAUUUAUUAAAACAAAGGUUUGCACCUAACAAGAAUAAUAAGGAGGCUGCAGCCCAUAUGUUAGCGGUAAUAAGAAAUUCAUUCCAAAAUAUACGAACACGAACAUACGAUAUGAUACAGUAUUAUCAAAAUCAAAUUCCUUAUUAAAUUAAUGCAAAAAAAAAAAAA